AUGGCCCCUUUGAAUUUGAAUUUCAAAAGAGAAAUUAAACAAGGCCAUUACUUUACACAUGGUAAUCUUUUCUCUCCCUCUCUUCAAGGCAAUGGCCUAGUGGUGUGUGUCCUGGUGAAGCAUCGCAAACAGACCAACUUGACAGACAUCUGCCUUUUCAACCUGGCUUUCUCCGAUCUCCUCUUUGUCCUCAUGCUGCCUUUCUACUCUCACUACUCCAGGGUUGGUCAAUGGACUUUCGGAGACUUUAUGUGCCAUUUUGCCUCCGGCUCCCACAGCACUGGUUUCUUCAGCAGCAUCUUCUUCAUGGUGGUUAUGACGCUUGACCGCUACAUGGUUAUCAUGCACGCUCACAGGGUGGCACGAUAUCGCACCCUGAGGUCAGGCAUCGCCCUGACUGUGUUCAUCUGGGUGCUGAGCUUCUGCAUCUCUCUGCCGGAUAUCAUCUUCACAAAGGUGCUAAAUGAGUCCAAUGGGGUGGCUUGUAGAUACGAACCAGAAAACGAUGACUGGAGGUUUUAUAACACCUUCACAAUUACUGUGUUGGGUCUAGUGAUCCCUCUGCUGGUGAUGAUAGUUUGCUACUCAAGGAUCAUCCCCAUACUGGUGAAGAUGAGGAGUGCUAAAAAGCACCGUGUCGUCAAGCUGAUCCUCUCGAUUGUGAUCGCCUUUUUCUUAUUAUGGGCCCCGUAUAACCUUUCCUUGUUCUUGUGGUUUCUAAAGUCUAAAGGGUUAUUGUCAAACGAAUACAGCGAAGCCAGUUUAAGGCUGUUAAUGACGGUGACUGAGACCUUGGCUUACACUCACUGCUGCCUGAACCCCAUCAUAUACGCCUUUGUGGGACAAAAGUUCAUGAAGCGAGCCCUGCCGCUGCUGAGGAAAUGUGUGCCCGGGGUUCUUCUGCCUUCCAACAGAGACUUCUCAGAUAGCUCCUACAGGAAGAGCUCAGUGUCUCGGUCCUCUGAUGUCCCCUCCAUCAUGUAAAAGGUGUAGGGCAGAUUAUGUUAUGGUUUUAUGGACCAUGAAGAGUCCACGUGUGUGUUUCAAAUUUCCAUUUUGGACUGUUUUUAACCAGCAGUGUGUAAAUAAGCUGCGUUCAAUGUUAGAUGCGUUGCUCAUCAAGGGGGCUCUGAUAGUCAUUCUUUUUAUUAUCAAAUGUUUUCAAUACAAUCUUUGUCUUGACAGCCUGUACCCAUGACGUCUGUUCGUGUGAUGAGACUAUGAGCCUGCAAAUGAAAGAAAUACUUUCAUACUGUAUGAGCAACAAACAAAUGUUCUUCAUAACAUCACAUAGUGUCUCUCCCUUUGCUUCUGGACACCGUUUCUCUUUCAUGUUUGAUUAAUCAAAACCACAAAGUAGAACAAACACAGGGUGAUGUAAAACCUGUUGAGCUGUGUGUGGGAUUUAUCAAGGAUUUCAAUCUAUUGACAACAAUGAACCCUUCCUACACACAUGUCAUUUUUCAUAAUUCCCAACAUUGUUUUAUGGCUCACAUUUAUAAAUAUGUAAAGUAGUAUCUACAUAUUUUGUUUUUAACACUGUUUUUUUUACUGUUUACCUUUAUUGUCCUGGUAUUUCACUGCAAUUUCAUAUUGUAUUGGAACAUAGUCCAUACAUUUUUAUACAUUCAUUCACAUAAUGGGUUUUUACUGCACAUUGUAGCUUUCUGCAGCUUUCUUACUGCCAUUGUAAUGUAACAUUAUCAAGACAAUGACAGACUACUUCUAUAAUAAACACAUGUUCAUUACUGUUACAUUUGGCUGAGAAUAUAUAUUUUAAUUGUCAUUAAAGUACAUUUGGCUGAGAAGAUAUAUUUUAAUUGUCAUUAAAGAAG